AUGGUUAGCUGGCCCAAGGCCGCUGCCGGAAAAGUUGCUACUAAGCACAAGUUCGUUAUCGAUUACUCCAAGCCUGCUGGAGACCAGGUUUUCGAUGGCGCCGACUUUGAAAAGUUCUUACACGACCGUAUCAAGGUUGCUGGAAAGGCAGGGCAGCUUGGUGACAACGUGAAAAUUGCACGGGACAGCUCAAAUAAUAAGAUCACUGUUACCUCUAACAUCCCAUUGUCAAAGCGAUACCUCAAGUACCUUACCAAAAAGUUUUUGAAGAAGAACACCCUCAGGGAUUGGAUUCGGUAUGAUCACUCUACCAAAAUGAACCCAGAUCGAACCAACGUUAUCUUAUUCAGUGUCGUUGCUACUACCAAGGACAGCUACACGCUCAAGUUCUUCAAUAUCUCCACUGACAAUGAUGAGGACGAAGAGUAG